CUAAAAUUAAAACCACGCCUUUUUAAAAUGGCGUCCAGCUCUAUGGUCUCAAAAAUACAACAACUUGGAAAGAUGCUCUCAGAAACUAAAAGCUUUGACAGAGUAUUGUCGAAAGUUAGAAUCGUGUCAGCAGCUAAAGGAAAGCUAAGUUGUGAGUUGACAGUUGGAGAGGAACAUACUAAUCUUGGUGGCACUCUGCAUGGUGGAUUGACUGCUACAAUCAUUGACAGUGUGUCAACCUGGGCAAUAGUUAGUGCUGAGCAUCCACCUGGAGUCAGCACUGAUCUUAAUAUUAGUUAUAUGAGACCUGCUAAAAUUGGAGAGACAGUAAUAAUUGACGCAGAAUGUCUUAAAGUUGGAAAGACUCUUGCAUUUGCCAGUGUUAGCUUGUUGAACAAGGACACUGGGAAACUGAUAGCUCAGGGAAGACACACUAAGUACAUUGCUUGACUCAGUUUGGAUUCAGUUGUUAUUAUCAUUCGCAUACCCAAGUCACAUGUAUAAUCAUCACCUUUAAAUUUGUAACUUCAUUUAUUAAAUUAAUUUAUGCAAGUUCAUAUUGUCAAAAAGUAUUUUAUUAGUUAGAGAUAAACUUUAGAUAGGGUUAUUAUUAUUAGUAUCUUAUCUCUCAAAAGCAGACAAAAGUUAGUUUAUUAUAUAUUAUUGUUAUUGUUGUUAUUAUUAUUAUUAUUACUAUUAUUAUUAUUGUUAUUGUUGUCAUUAUAGUACUAUUAUUUUCAGUCACUGCAACCACCCAUGGUGUGCAUGCAACCAAGCCCGACAUUUUGCGA